AUGGACGAGGGAGCCGCCGGCGAGGCCGUCCCCGAUCUGAGAGACAUAGAGGCGAAGAUCGGCCGGAAGACCCCCGAGGGACUGCUCAGGUGUCUGCGGGAAGAGGCGUCCUCUCUCCGGGGAGACGCCAAGCUGGCAGCCGCGCACGACUCCGGUGCCAAGGAGACGGGGAGGAAGAGUUUGGAUGAGAAGAUCAGGAAGCUGAAGAUGGAGAUGGCCCACUUGCGCUCAGUGGACGUGAAGCUCCUGCAGCAGCUGCUGGCGGUGCAUGAAGGCAUCGAGGCAGUGAAGUGGCUGCUGGAGGAGCGCAGCACGAUGACCAGCCGGUGCAGCAGCCUCACCGGCAGCCAGUACAGCCUGGGCGAGGGCCCCGACACGUCCUGGAGAGGCUCCUGGAGCAGCCUGCAGGACCCCAAUGACAAGCUGGACAACAUCUCCAUCGGCAGCUACCUGGACACCCUGGCGGACGACAUGGACGAGUACUGCCCGUCCAGUUCGGAGUCGGUCAUCUGCUCUGCCACUCCGCUGGUUUCAGAGGCUGCCCCCGGGGGCCGGACAGGGGGAGGCCUCGGGGCCCCGGUCACGGCAUCUGAGGGCCCCAAGCAGGACGCUCCAGUGUGGACCAAGGCAGCUGAGACGGGCAAAGGAAUCCCUGUUAAAAAGGACAAUAUCAAGGCACAAUCCAUCAAGGUUAAUGGCAUCCAUGAGAAACCAUCGGCACAAACUGGAAGCCCGACCCACCCCAGUCUCACUGAGAGACAGGGAACCAGCCAGAGCCCCAAACUCAAACCCUAUAGAAACGGCAAAAUCGAGUUGGAAAGUUGCAAAAUGAACGGCAAAAUGCACAUGGAGUACGACGCGCACUGGCGCUGGGUGCAGUCACAGGAAGACGUGACGUUUUUGUAGGAAGGUUAAUAACAGACGGUACCAAAUUCACUUUUCACUCCUUCCUCUGUAACGUCCAAGGUGAGAAGAGGAGUGAACUGCUGUGGUGAAGAACAGGGGAUGAGGGUUUCUCUGGUGAAAGACACUGGGUUUAAAAGACAAAGACUAUUCUUCCCUCUAACAGCACUAACUUUCUAUAAAACAUUGAUGUCAGUAUUAAGAUGGAUGCACAUUACAGGACUUUAACCAUCGUCAGUUAAAGCGGGGCUGCCUCAAACCAACUUAGGACAAUUUAAAAUAUCCUGUGUCAUAGUUUUUUCUCAGGGUCUCUCUUUGCAUUCCCUGAUUUUUAUUUUCAUUUUAUUUUAUUUUAUUUGCCCUAGAAAUAAAGCACAGAUCACAGAUGAUGGAGAACAGAGAAGUAUUAACCAAUGAACAUUUCAAGAUUACAAUUUGUAUUACUCGCCCCAAUUAAUAAUUCCCCAAAAGUAAAACUACUCUAAACUCUAAAUCCUUAUAAGAGAGAUAACUGCAUUUCCUGUUAGCGCCCUACCAUUUUGUUUUGACCCCUGGAAGUGAAACAAAUAUGGCCUCUCAUUACCGAUCAUGGCCUCUAUAGCUUUUCAAGUUUUUUUUUAAUUCAAAGUCAUUUAAGAAGAAGAAAGCAGACGAUCUAGGAUUUCACAAAUAAAAAAAGAAGAAUCUAAAAAUAGACGUCUGUCCCAUUAAUGUCUGGAAUACAAUUAAUCAUAUAAACGAUGUGAGAGUACACUUCCAAUAGUUAUACCCAGUAUUGCUUGUUCAAGUAUUAGCAAAAAAAGUGAAAUACAAGUAUAUCUGUGUGUUUCUCCCUGAAAACGUCCCUAAACAACAGUAGAAGAUAAGAAACACAUCGAGGACAGGGCACUGGGAUUAGUUAACGUCUCCCUCCAUGAGAAAUAAUGCC